AUACAUGCAUGGUUGAACUCUCUAAGGAUAUCAAUCAGGAUGCAAACAACAUAAGUAAACAUAUUAAGGAUGCUUUUGGAGAAUCAUGGCAAGAGGUUCUUUGUGAUGGAAAGCUUUCAGAAGGAACAAUUGAACCAGGAAGUCCAGCAGUGCUUAUUAUAAGCGUCUCUGCGUUGAAGUCAUUGGAACUUCUCAGAGGCUUGAAAGAUAUACCAAAAAAAUGCCGUCCAGCAAAGCUUUUUGCAAAGGGCAUAUGAAAGGAAGAGCAGGUUGAAUUGCUAAGGAACCGAGUGAAUAUUGCAAGUGGUACACCAAGCAGGAUAAAGAAGUUAGUUGAUAUGGAUGCUUUAAUUCUUUCACGCUUAGCCGUGAUCAUCCUCGACAUGCGAAGCGAUGCCAAGGGCUAUUCUCUUCUUACCCUUCCGCAAGUUAGUGCUGAAUUCUGGGACUUAUAUAGAGUUCACUUCAAUGAAAGAAUUCUUCAAGGUAGAACAAGGAUCUGUUUUUACGGUUCAGCUGAACUUAGAAAUCCAAAGAAAGCAAUAAGUGAUUACUAAUCGCUGCUGUAUAAUGUUCCAUGCACUUUCCAAGCUCUCA